GAUUCGUAAAGGAGUUAGUCAGCCCUCGGUAUUAUAAGCCAUUUUCGCUUCCAAGGCUGUAGGGUGUGUGGAUUGAGUUUGGAAGGGAAAGGGGGUGCUGCUCUAUAUGAAGUCGUAGUGCUUUGAUGACUCAUGAUCUGAUGUCAUUGUGUCAAGGCUGGAAUCUGGUGUUACCUGCUCUUUCAGGAACUGGAAGUUGAGAAACUAACUCCACCCCUCCUGCAUAGAGAAAACAGAUCACUUCCCUGUUGAGGGAAUACUGCCUAUAGCUUUCAGCGCAUGUUCAUGUCACAGAGAUCUCUGAGUCUGACAAGAAACUGCAAUCACGGAAGCUAAAACUUAAAGGAGGAGCUUUUUGUCGUCACAAUGCAUGGGAUUCUCUUAAUCUUUGUUUUUUUCCUCCUGGAAUCCCGGGUACAGAUUGUGCCGACGGCAGGAUUCUCCCUAAGGAACUGCACGGUCCAAGGCUCUCUGAAUUACACUGACCGGCUGAAGGUCCUUUGCUAUCAGAUGGAAUUCUACCACGUGCCUUCUGAUAUCCCUCGCAACACAAAGGUCUUAGACAUUUCGGGCAAUCGUAUCUCACAGCUUCGGGAAAAUGAUUUCAGAAACCUGACAAACCUGAAGAACCUGAACGCGUCUCGCAACCAAAUCUGUCAUGUGGCACCGGGCACGUUCCGGGAUCUCACAGGCCUGCAGGAGCUGAAUCUCACCCAGAACAAGCUGAGCGUGCUCUCAAGCAGCAUGUUCCAUGGACUGCUCAACCUCACCGUGUUGAAACUGGCUUGGAACCGCAUACAAAAGAUAGACCCCGACGCUUUCCUGGUCCUUGCCAAUGUUAGGCUGGUGAACCUGACGUCGAAUGUGCUCCACCAGCUUGAGGAAGUUCAACCCGUUUUAAAAUGCCCUCACUUGGAGGAGCUGAGCCUGGGAUCCAAUGGCUUUUCAACUUUCAGCACUGAAGAGCUGACAAGCGUUCCCUUGAAUUUGAGAGUGCUCGACCUGUCUAGUAACCCAAUCACCAGUUUUAAUGUUAGCACAGACGUUUUCCCCCACCUCGUGGAUCUGGAUCUCUCGCACUCAGGUCCAAAGGAUGGGCUGCACUGGGAGAUGAGAAAUCGCUCUUUUUUAACUGGUGUGAAGACACUGUCUUUAAACGGCACCCGCAUUUCAACACCUGGGCUCUUCCCUGUGAUAGAAAGCUUCGCUAGCUCUUUAGAAGUUCUCCACCUUAACGAUUUCCAUGUGGAUACAGUGGUUAACAUCUUAAAGAACGUUUGCCUCUCUCUACCUAAACUCCAGAUCCUCAGCCUGCGAGGGGAUAACCUUAGCACUCUCCAGGACAGGCUCUUUGAACGCUGUUCACUGGUGUACCAUUUGGACUUAUCAGAUAACCAACUGAAAAGCGUGUUGGAUUUCUCUUUCAGAGGUAUGGACAGCUUGCGUGUCCUGUACCUAUCCCACAACCAGCUGGUCGCUGUUCCCAAUGCCACCCAGAGCAUCAGCAACCUAGAAUAUUUAGACUUCAGCUACAAUCUGAUCGAUCAUCUACAGAGCUGGGAUUUCAACAACUUGACCAGGCUUAAGCAUCUCAUCCUGGUGGGGAACAAAAUAUCGACAAUCACAGGUUCUCUGUUUGGGUCCUUGUUCAACCUGCAGGAGCUGAAGCUUGGUAUAAACCUGAUUCUGUCCAUCCCAGAGCCAUUGUCAGGAAGCCUGCAUAAACUUGAGAUCCUGGAACUGCGAUCCAACAAGCUGAGCACCAUCAAGAAAGGCACCUUUCAGAACCUGCGUUCCCUUAAAUCCCUCAACCUAGUGGACAAUCAGAUAGCUGACAUUGAGGAGGGGGCUUUCAGAGGGUUAGUCCAGCUGAGAGUGUUGCUGCUGGGAAGCAACAAGCUUACCAGAGACACUUUUACAAGAGAGAAUGUCUUGACAGGCAUGCCUUCCCUCACUGAACUUCAGAUCUUUGACAACUACCUGGAGUAUGAGAGCAACGCAGAGCUAAAGUACCCUCCUUUCAAAGCCCUGAAGUCUUUGAAUUACCUUGCCAUCAACAGCCAAGGUCACAAUGGCCUCAUCCAUCUGCCUUCCAAUUUUCUGGAAGGGUUAAGCUCCCUCAAGGAACUACAUGCUGGCAACCUGAACCUGGACUUCAUACACCCCAGUACCUUCAACCACACUCCACACAUGUCCUUCCUUGACAUUAGCAAAAAUGCCCUCAGUUCUGUUGACCCGAAAACCUUCCAGACGAUGCCUGACCUCACAGAAUUCAUCUUGAGCCAGGCACGCCUGCCGUCAUUUGAUUUUCUGGCCCAGGCCAACCUUUCCAAGCUUAAGUUCCUGCGAGCCAGGGGCAACGAGGUUUCUGUGGUCAACAAGACUCUGAUCCUCUCCCUCCCUAAGCUCAAGUACCUGGACCUGCAGCAGAACCCCUUCAUGUACGGCUGUGAGAAUGCCUGGUUCCUUAACUGGUCCAGGCAGGACCCCUACACACAGGUUAUCUACCUGAACAAAUAUUCCUGUGGAUACCCGGACAAUCUCCGAGGAAUGAAGCUAGAGGACUUGAGGAUAGACUCUUGCACUGUGGACCUGGACUUUAUCUUUUUUGUCUCAACUUCCACCCUUGUGACUCUUACCAUGGUGUGCUCCUUCAUCUACCACUUCCUCCGCUGGCAGGUUGUCUAUGCCUACCAUCUCUUCCAAGCGUUCUUAUACGACAGGAAGCAGAAGCCGUCCAGACGCUACGAGUUUGAUGCCUUUGUUUCGUACAACACGCACGAUGAGCCUUGGGUCCUGAGGGAGCUUCUGCCCAACCUGGAGCAGGGCCAUGGCUGGAAGCUGUGUCUGCACCACAGAGACUUUCAGCCCGGCAAGCCCAUCAUCGACAACAUCGUGGACAACAUCUACAAGAGCCGCAAGACCCUCUGCAUCAUCAGCCGCCACUACCUGGAGAGCGAGUGGUGCUCCAGGGAGAUCCAGGUGGCCAGCUUCCGUCUCUUUGACGAGCAGAAGGACGUGCUGGUCCUGGUGUUCUUGGAGGACAUCCCCAACUGCCAGCUCUCCCCCUACCACAGGAUGAGGAAGCUGGUGAAAAAGAAGACCUACCUGAACUGGCCCAAAUGUGAGGAAGAAACCAGACUGUUCUGGCACAAGCUGAACACAGCACUGGAGACCCGAGAAGAACCCAAUGAGGAGAGUCCGAUUCUGUCUGGCUUAGAGACUUGUGACUGAAACGUUAUGCUUUAUGUUGUUAUAGUUUAACUUGUUGAAUUACUGGUAGAAUGUUUUUUAAACUCGACUCCAGAAAUAAGACUCCCAUUGCAAAGCAGUUUGAGCCAUUGCUGGUUUUAAUAAGAUAUACCUAACACUGAAGAACAACAGACACCUCAGUACCGGUAUCACAGAAAAAUAAUUUGUUUUAGAUUUUAAAGACAUACAUCUAGAGAAGCGAUGGAGGUUUCUGCAGCACAUUUAGAGGUACUGGUUGCAACACAUUUUAGAAAAUAAAUACAUACAUAAAAUGGGAUUAAAAUGAACAAAAAAAGGGAAAAGAGCCAUUAACACGUUAUUUCAAAUAAUCAUUGGUGUGGUAUUGUGAGCUACCUAAUUAAAAGCUAGAAGCUUUGCUUAACUUCAUUAUUGUUCUUAUAAAAUGUUUUUUCUAUCAUUCUCUUCGUUUUAAAUCUUAACUUUCAAUAUAGAUUUGUUAUGGCUUUGGCAGCUUGCAUGACACAAUGACAGCUCAGACAGCACGCCCUGAAAUGUCAAACAUUAACUAUAUUCAGUGAGAACAGACGUGGUAUAAUGCAUACAGCUCACAGCGAUGUUAGCGUAAAGCCGCUUUGGGUUCAUUGAGAGACACGGUGGAAGGCAGCGCUGUGCUCAACGUGACAGGAGCUUUACUCUUAAUACUCACAAGGGGGAGCUCUUGCACUGGAUAACAGCCACGAUACCUGGGCUUCUGCAACGUCAUAUUUAACACUGUUGCGUGGGAAAUGAGGGAGAAGGGAUCUAUCUGCGAGUACAAGAAGCAUAAAAAUGAUUUAAAAAAAAAUUCAAUUGAAUUUAUUUAUUAUUUAUGCUUUUUAUUUUGUUUUUAUGUGUUUUUGUUGUUGCAUUCAAUAGUCUUCUGUUAAUUCUAUUCUGUUAUAAACUAAGAUUUAAUCAAAGAUGUUAAGAAACUAAGCCAAACCAAAUGAGACAAGCAAAUCUUAUAUAAAAGAAGCACUCACACACACACACAUUGAUCACACAGAGAGGAAACCCCACCCCCUAUGCUUUCAUUAGUCUUCAGAAAACCUUUCUUUGCUUUCACCACUCUGUGCUCACGUCCUUCACAGAAACUGGUGAGGCAAUCGGGUCAGCUGAGGACUGUUCUGACCCGGGGAAAGGGGAUCUGAUCAGAGCUGCUUCCCGCUGCAGCCACCUUCUCAAGCGCCCAUCAGCUGCAAUCACGGCCGCAGUGUGCCCCCACACUAUCUGUAAGGGUGUCAUCAUGUAGACUCAUGAAGCCCCAGGAUGAGUCACUCUGGAGCUGCACCCAGAAGAGUCUUCUGCCUACCCUUUCACACAUUGCAUCAUCAUGCCCAGCUGCUGUGCCAGCUCUCACUUCCACAUUCAAAUAAGUAUAUAUAUAUAUAUCCCUGUCUGGAGUGUGUGCAUCAUAGGGACACGAAUACUUUCUGAGGAGACUGCUCUGACUCUCACAGAGCCACACACAGGGCUGUGAAUAUGUAGCUGAAUGCAUUUAGAUAGUGGUAACCAGGACAUGCUGGGCAUGGCUGUUCCAUUGUAAUCCCUGCUGAAGGUUUUUUACAAUCACCUCGCGAUUGAUCCCCUCAAGCAGGGCUCUCACACGCCUCCCAGUCUGUGCUGCAGACUUCCCUCUGUGAGUGAAUACAGCGCUCUCAUUCCAGGUAUGUUCUGCUCUUACAUUCAUCUCACACACGAUUAAAACAAAAAGACCUGUGCUGGGAUUAAUAAAGCUUAGAAUGGGUUGCAAAGUUUGCAAAGUUUGUUUUAGAUAAAAGAUUGCUUUGGGUCUAGGAAGACACGUUCACCUAUUCCCUGCUUAUCAAUAAUUGCCAUCCAAACACAUUUUAGUCUUGCUAACUCUGUAUGUGUUAUUCAUGCAGACACUGUAUAACAGUGUAUAAGGAGUUUGCUCUUGACGUUUCCAUUUGUUAACACUCUUUUUAACGUUGACUUGUGCAAUCAAGCCAUUGUUCUUUUAAUCGAUUAAACGCACUGCUUGUGUGUGUAUGUAACCCCCAGCUCACUCUGUCUCUGCCUGGUACAUUUUCAAAGAUCACAGAUAGAAAAGUUUUUUCGAUCCCUCACUUCGGAGUUUGUGACCUUAGACAGCAUGAAGCGGGAGAGAAGGCCAUGCUCAUAACGGUCGAACAAGUUAAUAAUUUAUUCCUUUAGCUAGAGCGAUUACAACUUUAUUAGCUAACGUUAGAUAUCUAAUUGUUACCCAGCGCAAUUUCUAGCCAUUCACGGAUCCGAGCACGAGGUUCUGAUUUUCUUCUGUAAUGCGGUCUCCGGUCUCUUUUUUUGCUUUCUUGUCGACUUUAAGUGUAAUUAUUUUAAUUAAUUACGCAUUGGACAGUGUUGUUCUUAUGUAGUUUUGUCUUUUGAUCGUUUUACGAAAUACAUUUUCUAGGUCGCUCUCACAACUCAAAGCGCACCCCCAGGAGCUGACGUUUAACGUUUUAAAUGGACUUUAUACUUUACGUGCGUGCACGCAUAAUCCGUGCAUCAUUCUAAGUGUAUUUUCUUGAGGUGUGAUAUGUAAAUAGUGUUUUAAUGUAUCGAUCAUUUUCUAAGAUGUAGCCUGUUUAUAUAUUUGCAUUUUAAUAGUAUGUAUUGAACGUGUUGCUGUUAUUAUUUGCUUUACACAAUUUGUAUUGAAAUAUUGAAAUAACUAGCUAGUAUUACUUAAUGUAGCUAGAGUGAAGUUUUAUAUAUAAUGUUAUUUAAAAUCCAGAUGAAUCUGCAGAUGGCAUUGUGAAAUGCAUCACCAGCUCACUGGAGAGGUUUGGAUUAUCUCUGAACUCAGUUUCAGCUUUCAAUGGCAACAACACACGUCAACUAUGGUGUCCAUUGCAAAACAAACCGAGGGACAGCCGAAACAGGUGUUCAGUAGAGCUUAUCAAAAGUGAGCUCCUUGUGAGCCUCUGUUUUGAAGUGGGGUGUGCAGACUUCCACUCCUUGAUCAUGGAGGACAAAACUCUCCUUGCUGCUGUAAGAAGCAACCAAAAAUAUGCAUGAAAAAGGAAAUACAGAACUUAAUGGCUGCCAAUAAAGAUUCAAUAUAUGUUGGUGCCAUCCAUGUUUGGACACAACACCAUUGUUAUAUCUCAUCAUAAGCAAUUUGUAAAUCAGUAAUCAUUUCUACUUUACUAACAAUUUCUAAAUUCACAUAUCUUAGUCAUGUUGACAACCAAUCCUGAUUCUGUAAAGACUUACAAACUCAGGCUGAGAAUUGAUCAGAAUUAGUAUGUGCAGAGAGUUUACGAAGAUCAAUAGAUCUUUUAUUGUAUUUAUCUUUAGCUUUAUGCAGCAUAUUCACUCUGUCAUGUGACUUCCUGUCAGCAGAAAUUUCAUCGGGAACCAGGGCAGGCUGCAUGUCCAUUGCUUCAUUUGAAAUGUGCAAUAGCUUUGUGGUAUUCAUUUUAAAGAGGAAAUUAAUUUUAAAGGGAACUUGUAAUUCCCUGACCACAUUCUGGCGCCUCCUUAAGACUCACUUCUUCAAACAGCACCUGUAGAACUCCUCUGUUUGUAUCCUGGGACACUAUCACCCUUCAUUUAAAUGUGCUUUAUUUUGCUCUUAUCUGCCCCCUAUUUUACUGCAUUUAAUCCUGUACUUCAGAAUACUGUAAUCUGCCAAGUGUUUAACCUGUAGUAUUUUGUAUUUAAUCAUAUCCUGAUGUAACUAUCACUAUUUAAUCAUAUCCUGAUGUAACUAUCACUAUUAUCUGCUGUAUUCUUGAAUUGUGGUUUGUCACACUUGAACAAAAGUUAUAGUAUUUCUUGCUCUUAUUGUAUUACUUGUAUUGUAACACUUGAAAUGUACUUGCUUGCGAUUGUAAGUCGCCCUGGAUAAGGGCGUCUGCUAAGAAAUAAAUAAUAAUAAUAAUAAUAAUAAUUCCACAUAAGGUUUUUCAUUGAUAUUUGUUUGCAAUGAAUGUGUGUGAAAUCCUGACAUUUGUUUGAAUUGCCAAGAAUCAACAAAAGU